AUGAUAAACAAUAAAUUGUAGUAACUUAACAUGUAUUACAAUUAGGAUCACAUGUUGGUUGACACUAUUUUGUAGUCGGAUUUAGAUAAUUUCCAGCAUAGCAAGAUUAACAAUUAACAGUUGUCUAAGAACAAGUUGCACAAUUUGCGUCACAACUUGAUUAACAUAUGUGCAUCAAUUAAUUCAAAUACAUACCACUAUUGCAAGAUAGACAAUAAUUUGUAAAAACUUAACAUGUUGCACAAUUAGAAUCGCAAAAAUUUUAACAUGAAUUUGUAUCAAUUUUUAAAUAUUUUCCGCCAUUACAAGUUAAGCAAUGUGUGGUUGUUGUCUAACAAGUAGCACAAUUUAAAUCACAAGUUGUUGAACAGAUAUUAUUUGACAAAUUUAAAUAAUAUCCUGUAUUACAAGUGAGACAAUGUGUUGUUGUUGUUUGACAAGUUAAACAAUUUGAAUCACAAGUUGAUUAGCACUAAUUAUUUGAUAAAUUUAAAUAUUGUCCACUUGUACAUGAUAAACAAUAAAUUGUAGUAACUUAACAUGUAUUACAAUUAGGAUCACAUGUUGGUUGACACUAUUUUGUAGUCGGAUUUAGAUAAUUUCCAGCAUAGCAAGAUUAACAAUUAACAGUUGUCUAAGAACAAGUUGCACAAUUUGCGUCACAACUUGAUUAACAUAUGUGCAUCAAUUAAUUCAAAUACAUACCACUAUUGCAAGAUAGACAAUAAUUUGUAAAAACUUAACAUGUUGCACAAUUAGAAUCGCAAAAAUUUUAACAUGAAUUUGUAUCAAUUUUUAAAUAUUUUCCGCCAUUACAAGUUAAGCAAUGUGUGGUUGUUGUCUAACAAGUAGCACAAUUUAAAUCACAAGUUGUUGAACAGAUAUUAUUUGACAAAUUUAAAUAAUAUCCUGUAUUACAAGUGA